GCUGUGAAAAGAGAACAGAUGAUGUCGUCUGCAGAAUGCAGAUCUACUCUACUGGGGGCACAGGGGCUAAUGUAUUUGUAUUGUAUUGUUUGUUCGGUCCUAACCAUAUAAUUUGUUUAGAAAUAGAAACAUUUUUUUAACUGUGAAAUUUUGCCUUUUUAAAGAAAAAAAUAAUGAGUCGACGCUAAUUAAUCUUCGUUCUGUGUUUCAUGUUGUUUUUUAAAAAUGGCUAAGUUAUUAUCAAUGGUUCAUGUUGUUUCCUACAAUUUGUGUGUCAACGGCGUUAGGACAAUGGCCACAAAUUCUCCUGGUCAUGUUCUUUUAGGUGGAGGAACUGGUUUUAUAGGAAGUGCUUUUACGUACCUACUUAAAUCAAAAGGAUACGAAGUUACCAUUAUAUCUCGAAUGCCUGGACCACAAAGAUUAACUUGGUUCGAUCUGCAAACGUCCGGGUUGCCACAAGGUGUAACAGCUGUUGUGAAUCUGGCAGGUCAGAAUGUGUUGGACCCUCUGCAACGUUGGACCCCAGGAUUUAAACAGAAUGUUUUUAACAGUAGAGUCAACACAACGCACAAUCUCGCACAAGCCAUCAUCAAAGCUGAAGUGAAGCCUAAAGUCUUUGUUUGUAUAUCUGGUGUAGGUGUCUACAAGCCCAACUCUUCUAUAGACUAUGAUGAGGAUAUCCCAAUAGGAGCACCGUUUGACUUUUUGUCAGAUCUCGUACACAAAUGGGAGGAAGCAUCACAGCUCCCAGGAACUAAUGUCAGAAGAGUUACUGUUAGAUCAGGUGUAGUGCUGGGGAGGAGUGGAGGGAUGAUCAAACAGCUGUACCUCCCUUUCUUCCUAGGCAUGGGGGGUCCAGUGGCCAGUGGUACCCAGUACAUGCCAUGGAUCCACAUCAGAGACAUGUGCGACUUGUUGUUGUUUGCUGUGGAGAAUGAUCAUGUCACUGGAGUACUAAAUGGUGUGGCCCCACAGGUAAUAACCAACCAGGAGUUCACCACAGCAUUUGCCAAAGCAAUGAUGAGACCAGCAUUUAUCCCUCUACCGGAGUUUGUGGUAAACACAAUGUUUGGUGAAGAACGAGCAAAAAUCAUGACACAGGGACAGAAAGUGAUUCCUAAAAGAGUUUUGGAGUACAAAUUCCCUUACAAGUAUCCAGAUAUAAUCAGUGCAACUAGACAAGUCUCAACGUUAUUUUACAAAACGCCAUUUUAAUAAAUCUCUUAGUUAAGUGUAAAUUAGUUGAAAAGUGAUAUUUUUUAGAGAUCUAUUGUAUAUAUUGUAAGCUAGUAUUGAUUUGGAAAGUUGCAUAAAUGUUUGUUUAUAUA